AUGACUCUAAAGAUCCUAUAUCUAAUUUUUAAACUCAUCAGAGCAGUUGAAUAUCUAUAACCGAAAAUAAAUAUGGUGCCUAAUAUUAAGAUCAAUCAAAACUACAACUUAAAAUACAAGUAUUUAUAUGAUAUAUUCAUAGUAUUCUGAAUGCAAUAGGGAAUGAAUUUUAAGGAUUCUUUUAGUUAAGUUAAGAAAUAAGAUUAUGA